CACAGUUUACCUAGAAGACCAACACCGGAUGUGAAAAAGCCAAAUCCCAGAUUCUUUCUACUCAAAUUUCCUGAAACCACCGAUUCUUCCACCCUUAAAUUUUCUAUGCUUCUCUCAUUUUGAGGUCUCUCCCUCUCAAUUUCCUUUCGAUCUAAACACUAGUCAUAACUUUGGUUUCUAGGGUUACAUUUUCAAAAGAUUUCUGUCUGGAAUUCCAUAAGACACUUGAUUUCUUGGCUAUAAUCAUCCCGAUUCAAUUCAAUCCAAUCCAAUCAAAUAUGGGGACAACGAGAAUCAAUAAUAUAUACAAAAAUCCUUCAUAUGCUUACAACAAAGAUUUGAGUAUUUCUUCAAUUAUUGGAAAUCUCAGAGCUUACAAUGUUGCAACUGGAAAUCUUCCUCCUCCUCCUUCACCACCACCACCACCACCUCCAAACGAUGAUUUACACUCCACUGGUCAGAAGAAGAGCUCUAAACGCCGCCGCCGCUGUCAAAAACUAGACGAUAUGAGUGUUGAUGAGGAGAAUGAUAUCGAUGGACCUUUGUCUCAUCAGGAUUACAUUCAUAAGAGAAGACAGGAUAUAGAUAGGGAUUCUUCUCGUGUUUAUCAGGAAUUGACUCCAGAAGAUGUAUUGAGUAAUCCCAGUUCAACAUUUCAACCUCUGGUGCAGUACGAAAGUGAUGACGAUGACGAAAGUAAUUCUACUGGAGACCCUGAUCAAGGACAAGAUUUGUCGAAUGACGAUUAUGGAAAUGAGCCUGAUCGCGUUAAAAAAAGAGCGGAGCAACGAUUUCCCAUCAUAGGGGAACCUGCUUGUGUGGUAUGUGGAAAAUACGGAGAAUAUAUCUGCGAUGAGACUGGGGAUGAUAUCUGCAGUACUGAUUGCAAGGCUGACCUACUGCUGAAAGCUCAAAGUGCUGAGGGAGCCAUUAACUGCCACGAUUCUCGGUGCUUGCCUGGUACAAGCAUGGUAAAGCUGCCUGAGGUUAAAGAGGAUGCUUGGGAUUUUGGUCGGAACAGGUGGACUACGAAAAGAUCCAGCCUAUGUACAUAUGAGUGUUGGAACUGCCAGAAACCUGGCCAUCUUCCUGAAGACUGUCUGAUGAUAACACGGGCUUUAUCUUCCCCUUCAACAAGCAGCCACGUUCCAGUAGGUGCUCGCAACUCUAGUUCCAUAUCCAAAGAUCUUCUUGCACUCUACAGAAUAUGUCACCAAAUAGGAAAAAAUCUGCAUACUGCAAAAUGCAGUAUAUGCCGUAGCUCAUCAAGUUUGGGAAUGUGCCUCGAUUGUAGUAUCAGUCUUUGUGAUGAUUCUGGUCAUCUUAAUGAGCAUAUCAUUUCACAUCCUUCUCAUCAGAAAAUCUACUCUUUCAAGCUCCAACGCUUGGUGAAAUGCUGUAAAUCAACAUGCGGUGUGACUGACAUCAAGGAUCUCCUUGCUUGCCACUACUGUCUUGAUAAAGCAUUUGAAAAGUUCUACGACAUGUAUUCUGCCUCAUGGAAAAGAGCCGGUCUUUCAAUUAUAUGGAAUUCCAUUUGCUGUGAGGAACACUUCACUUGGCACAGGAUAAAUUGCACGAACGCGGAUGUGGACGGAAGUGCCUGUAUUGUCAAGAAGCACACACUGAAGAAUAAAUGCUCUCAGCUCAGUGACUUCAUUUUCUGAUCAGAACACAACUUUUCAUCUGAUUGGCAAUGAACAAAUACCACACCAGGCCGCAUUCUAUUUGCUCUUUUAGGCUCAGCAUAACCAGGGCCAGUAAACUAAUUCUGAAGGUCCAUUUUGGAUUCUAGUCAAGCUAAAUGUUUGCUAUAAAUGUGUUGACAAGCAAUAUAGAUGUAAAUCAUGCAAUGGUACUGGGCAUAGCAAAUAAAGAAUGGACGGGAAAUUUAAGUCCUUCUUGUAA